AUGAAAGAGAAGAUGGUGGAAGUGAAAAGAUUGAGUGACAGAGUGAUGGUGGUGAAGCUAGGAACAGAAUGUGGCAUGCUGAAUGUAAUAUGUGCCUAUGCUCUGCAAAUGAGAUGCAGUUAUAAGGAAAAAGAAGAGUUUAGAGAAGUUCUGGACAAGGCUAUGCAGAGCAUACAUAGAGAAGAGUUAGUUGCAAUGAAGAUUAAUCUAAAUGGACAUAUUGGACAGUAUAGAGGUGGCUAUGAGAAGAGGCAUGGAGAACACGGCUAUGGACAAAGAAAUAAGGAAGACAAGGAGAUCUUGCAGAUGGUUCAGGCACAUGACCUAAUUAUAGUCAAUACAUUUUUCCAGAAAAACAACAUACAAAAGUGGAAAUGUUAG